UGAUUGAAUCCCCAUUCCUGGAGCUGUGGUGGCCCAAGACUGUGUCCCUCCGGGAGCGACUGGGCCUCAGGAACAAACCCAAUGACUCCUACUGCUACAACUCUGCCAAAAAUAGCACCGUGCUCCAGGGGGUCACCUUCGGAGGCAUCCCCACUGUCCUGCUCAUCGAUGUCUGCUGCUUCCUGGUGAGACCCUUGUGAAGACAUCCCCUCUUGUCUGUGUGUUUGAAACCAGCACCUCUGGGGCACUCUGGUGGGAGGUCAGACACAGCUCUACUGCUGAUAAGCAAGUCUCUCACCGAGCCAUAUGGUAGCUGUGUCUGCCCUGGAAAGUAGAGGCACAGUGACAGUCCUUCCCUCAGAGAGUGUCAGAGUUUCGGCAGGUUGUGCGUGUAGAACCAGAGCUGCUUUUGUUGUAUGCCUCUUAACUGCAGAGUGACUGCCUGCUUUCUCCAAAGCUGAGGAGGUGAGUCCAAGGGAGACAAUGGGUGUGGACGGAUCAGAGCGGGAUGCUAUUCCCAUGUGGUCACCUCUUGUUUUCACCACACCACUAGCCUGCUGGUGGCCAGAUGGGGAGAAGUUGUUAAUCUUGGCGUUUUCCAUCAUAAGAAGAAGAUUCUGGGAUUAUGGCCGCAUUGCCCUGGUAUCAGAAGCAGACAGUAAGCACAAAUUGCAGAGAUUGUCGUCAUCUUCCUCCUCAGAGCAGCAAGACUUUGAAAAUGAGCUGGGAUGCUGCCCAUGGCUGAUGGCCAUCUUCCGUCUACAUGAUGACCAAAUCCUGGAGUGGUGUGGGCAAGAUGCUAUCCACUACCUGUCCUUCCAGAGGCAUCUCAUCUUCCUGCUGGUGGCAGUCAGUGCCUUAUCCCUGUGCAUCAUCCUGCCUGUGAACCUCUCAGGAGACCUGCUGGACAAAGACCCCUACAGUUUUGGAAGGACAACCAUAGCAAACCUGGAGACCAAGAAUGACCUCCUCUGGCUGCAUGCUGUCCUUGCUGUCAUCUACCUCUCCCUCACAGUGGCCUUCAUGCGGCACCACACCCAGUCCAUCAAGUACACAGAGGAGACCCUGGUGAGACGGACCCUGUUCAUCACUGGACUCCCUAAAGAUGCUAAAGAAGAGAAUGUGGAAAGGCACUUCUGGGAUGCAUACCCAACUUGUGAGGUGGCUGAUGUCCAGCUGUGCUACAACGUGGCCAAGCUAAUGUACCUGUGUGGGGAGAGAAAAAAGGCUGAGAAGAGCCUGGCCUACUACACGAACCUUCAAGAGAAGACAGGCCAGCUGGCCCUCAUCAACCCCAAGCCAUGUGGCCAGUUCUGCUGUUGUGAAUUGUGGGGCUGCAAGAAGGAGGAUGCCAUCGCCUACUACACACACCUAUACAAUAAGCUGCUGCAGAAGAUCACGGAGGAGGAGUGCCAGGUCCAAGACCAACCCUUGGGAAUGGCCUUUGUCACCUUCCGAGAAAAGUCUAUGGCCACCUACAUCCUGAAGGAUUUCAGAGCCUGCAAGUGUCAGAGCUGUCAGUGUAAAGGUGAACCCCAGCCGUCCACCUACAGCAGAGAGCUCCACGUCUCCAAGUGGAGGGUCAGCUUGGCUGCCUACCCCCAGGACAUUUGCUGGCAGAACCUCUCCAUCCAGGGCCCCCAUUGGUGGUUACGGUGGUUCAGCAUCAACUUCACCCUCUUCGUGGUGCUCUUUUUCCUGACCACACCCUCCAUCAUCCUGUCCACUAUGGAUAAGUUCAAUGUUACCAAGCCCAUCCACGCGCUGAACGAAUUUAGACUGGUGGCGGAGCUCAGUGGUAAAAACCCAAUCAUCAGCCAGUUCUUCCCAACCCUCCUCCUCUGGUCCUUCGCAGCCCUGCUGCCCACCAUUGUGUACUACUCAACGCUGCUGGAGUGUCACUGGACAAAGUCGGGGGAAAACUGGAACAUGAUGACCAAGGUCUACAUAUUCUUGAUCUUCAUGGUGCUGAUCCUGCCCUCCCUUGGCCUCACCAGCCUGGAUUUUUUCUUCCGGUGGCUCUUCGACAACACUUCCUCAGAGGGAUCCAUAAGGUUGGAGUGUGUCUUCCUGCCAGACCAGGGGGCCUUCUUCGUGAACUAUGUGAUCGCCUCAGCCUUCAUCGGCAAUGGUAUGGAGCUGCUGCGGCUGCCAGGUCUCAUCGUCUACACCUUCCGCAUGGUUAUGGCCAGCACGGCUGCUGAUCGCAGGAACAUCAAGCAGAACCAGGCCUACCAGUUCGAGUUUGGAGCCAGGUACGCUUGGAUGCUGUGCAUCUUCACUGUCGUCAUGGCCUACAGCAUCACCUGCCCCAUUAUCGUGCCGUUCGGCCUCAUCUACAUCCUACUCAAGCACAUGGUGGACCGGCACAACCUCUACUUCGUGUAUCUGCCGGCCAAGCUGGAGAAGAGGCUACACUUCGCUGCCGUGAACCAGGCCUUGGCUGCACCCAUCCUCUGCCUCUUCUGGCUCUUCUUCUUCUCCUUCCUGCGCCUGGGUCUGCAGGCCCCUGCUACCCUGUUCACCCUCCUGGUCGUGCUGCUCACCAUCCUGGCCUGCAUGGCCUACACCUGCUUUGGCUGCUUCCAGCACCUCAUCCCUCUGUACUACAAGACAGAAGAAUCUGCAAUCCAGGAAAGAAGUGAUGCAGAGGCCCAGGAGUCUCCACCAUUCACACCCUAUGUGCCCCGGAUCCUGAGUAGUCUGGCUUCAGAGAGGACAGCCUUGAUAAACCUGCAGCAGCAGCAGACCUAUGGCACCAUCAGUGAUAUCAGUGGGAACCUUCCCAUCCAAGACAUGGCCCACACCCCAGAGGAAAGUGUGAUUCCUUCUACCACCGUGGCAAGCCAUAUGUGAAGUCACUGUCUUCAGAGCAGAGCUGGCUGAGUCCCAGAGUAGGACCAGCCUGCCAGCGGACCAGUGCAGGAAGUGAACCCCCUUCCUGGACUCCCACUUCCAGGUCUACCACUUGGACAGUCUCCAGAACCUGAAGUUCUAUCCUUGCAACAGCAGUAGACCUAUGGCACCAUCUACCAUGUCUCUGGGAACCUCCCUAACCUGGGCACUGCCUGUAGCCCAGAAGAAAGUGCAGUUAUCACUCCCUGUACUAGAGACUACCUGUGAAGACCUUAUCUGCAGACCAACCAGGACUGGGCUUCCAUUAGGGUUUGUGGAGGUGGGCCUGCCUCUUUCCCCCAAGCCCUGCCACUGUUCUUCAGCUCUGUGGCUGGGGCGGUCCUCCAGGUUCCAAAGCAACAUCAUGUGUUAGAAGUUUAUGUCCCAAAUUGGUCUUGAAAAAUGAUGUUGGCCAAAGGGAAUAUCAGGUGUCCUCCCACAGCAGUGGUCAGUGCCUGUGCAAUCUGACCAUGGCCUAUGUCCCAUCACUGAGGGCUCUGUCAUGGGACCUGGGUCACCCUGCUGCAGGGUGAAAAGUAUUAAUAAAGUACCUUUGGCUGAG